CUAGAACUAAUUAUCACAAUCACCACUUCUCCGCCGAUCAAGUGCUUUCAGCCUUUCUUAAAACUUCAUUAUGCCCAGCCAGACAUUUCCAGGUUUUCAUUCUCUGUCAAGCCGUUGUUGCCAUGGCCAGCCAAGAUAUCGGGGAUCAUUCCCAGGAUUUGCCGCCCAAAAGCGCGCUUGAUACGUCGCAUGAUAGCGACUCGAUCCAAGCAGGUCCAUCGCGCGAUCAUGCCACCGACUUCGUAACCACAAACGAAGACCGCGACUUAAAGCGGGGUCUUGAGCAGCGACACAUAUCACUAAUCGCGCUCGCUGGCGCUAUCGGGACCGGACUCUUCCUUGGUCUUGGAUCAUCUAUACAAACAGGUGGGCCAGCUGGCGCGCUUUUCGGUUAUGCUACAAUCGGAUUGAUAGUCUGUGCUGUUCAAUUCGCACUCGGAGAGGUGACGGCUUUACUGCCAGUCACAGGUUCAUUUGUGCGGCAUGCUGAAUUCUUCGUUGAUCCGGCGAUGGGAUUCGCGAUCGGAUGGAACAUUGUCUAUGGGAAUUGGCUGAGUAUCCCAGCGGAGAUAUCUGCCAUCUGUGUAUUAUUCCAGUACUGGACAGAUGUGAACUCCUCAGUCUGGAUAAUUACAGUGAUUGUUUUGACGUUCGCUGUUGGAAUAGCCUUUAUUAGAGUCUACGGCGAAGUCGAAUUCUGGUUCGCUCUCCUUAAGAUCUUCUUCAUCAUCUUCUUGAUCAUCCUUGGGCUUGUCAUCUCCCUGGGUGGCGUCCCGGGUGCCCCUCGACUAGGCUUUCAUUACUGGAAAACGCCUGGUCCGUUCGUUGAGCACAUCGCCAGUGGCUCCUGGGGGAAGUUCCUCGGGUACUGGGCGUGCAUGAGCUCUGCCGUGUUUUCUUUCGCUGGGACAGAGUCCGUGGCAAUGGCAGCGGCAGAAACGAAGAAUCCGCGACAAGCGAUCCCCAGAGCAUGCAAGCGUGUCUUCUUCCGUGUUGCAACGUUCUACAUCCUGGCUGUUAUUGUUGUGGGCAUGUUGGUCGCAAGCAAUGAUCCAAGAUUGGACGAUCAAUCUGGUACAGCUGCGCAGUCCCCAUUUGUCAUUGCUGCGUCCGCGGCGGGAAUCAAGGCCAUUCCAUCAGUCGUCAACGCCAUCGUGAUCACGUCAGCAUGGAGCUCUUCGAAUCAGGCUCUGCUUUCCGGGACUCGUGUGCUCUAUGCUUUGGCCUUGAAGAAACAAGCACCAAGCGUUCUCCUGCGAACGACCCCAUGGGGCGUUCCAUACGUCUGCGUCAUAGUCCAGACUGUGUUCAUGUUCCUAGCAUUCAUGAGUCUUUCAGACGGGGCACUGACAGUAUUCUACUGGUUCGUUGAUCUGACUGCCUGCGGUGUCCUGAUCAGUUGGUCGUCGAUUCUGCUCAACCACUACCGUUUGAUCCUUGCAAUGAAGAAGCAAGAAAUCCCAUACUCACUGUUACCAUGGCACAAUUCAUGGACGAGAUACUCUACGCCUGUGGCACUCUUCAUGUGCGUUCUAAUCUUGUUCACAUCAGGAUUCUCGACGUUCACGAAGGGCCACUGGUCGACCGCCGGAUUCGUGUCCAGCUACCUAGAUAUUCCCCUUGUCCUGACAGCAUUCUUGCUGUGGAAGAUCAUCAAGAAGACCAAGUUUGUCAAUUUAGAGGAUAUACCUUUACGAGAGGCUCUGAGCGAGAUCGACAGGCGGCCAGAGCUACCUGAACCGCCAAAGAAAGGGUGGAUGAAGAUUGUUGGUUUCCUUUGGGAUUGAAAUACUUAUUCCUGAUGUGAUGGAUUCAAGGUCGGUCUUCAACAUGCUGCUGUGGUAUAGAUUUACUUUUAAUUGUUAUAUGGAGAUUGCAUGACGCAUUCGGUGACCUAGGACGCAGUGGCAUGGAGCCUGUUCAAUAUCGACCCUUCCUCUAAUUAACAUUUCGUCCCACACCCCCUCAACAGCACCUCCUUCUCGCUAUUCACAUCUAACCUAACUCUAACAUUCUUCGCCUGCCUUUUAUGCUUGUGCAGUCCAUCCCCCAGCACGAAUUUCUCCCGCGUCUCCUGAUCUAGCCCAUGCAGCAACACGGCCAAUGCACUACUCUUCCACAACGUUGUCUUCGUCGCCCUCGUGCUCAACAUCGCAGCAACCAGAAACGCAACUGUCAAAAACACCACCGCUACCGGUAGGACCACAAAGCCCCAUCGCACAUGCACG